GGACGUGGGGGCGGAGGUGGUUGCACCGGCCCAGGGAUGGCCCCGCAGCGGGCACUGGCCCAGUGGCUGGGAGAGCCCCCCGGGAAGCCCGUGCUCCUGGCAGGCUGACGGGUCACCCCUGUUCCAUGUCCCUCAGGGACAUCUCGGGGGUGAACUACCCACGUCAGCCCCCAGUGCCCCCAGUAUGCCUUGCUAGGGUCUACUUGGGGCUCCCUGGUACUGCCGUCCCCCGAGCCACCCUCUCUUCUCUCCUGCAUCCGGCUGGCGGAUGGGGUUUGGACUUGCUGCCGUAGGGCAGGGUGGUGGGCUCUGGCACUGGCACAGGGGAUGCUGCUCUGGCAGUCAGGACUCCCGGGUUCCUGGCUGUACACCCUUCAUCUCUGCCCUCAGUCGACCCAGGCUGUGGAGCAGGGCUGUCUGCCUCCGCGUGUCUCUGCAACCCCUGGCACCACGGCUGGGGCUGGAAAAGCAGGAUUCUGCAUUGCCCAGAAAGAAAAGAAAAAAGGUUGAAGGUUUUGCACUUUGGUUUUGAAACCAGAUGGGCAACCUGUGGGAGGCUUUUGUUUCCAGACCCCUAGCAAGGGGGCAUCUGCCCCAGAACGGCCCCUGCGCCGGGGUGCGGGGCCCUCGCUGGGGCUAGGGCAGGCAUAGUUCGAGUUCCCGCUCGGGCGGAUUGGGGACAAGGGCUCAAAUGUGGGUUUCUGUCGUGUCAGAUGUGCCCGGCAGGCACCAAGCCACUUCCGGUCUCGGCAGGGCCUCUGUGCCCAGAAAUCCCCCCUCCUUCCUCCUCCGAGCCCAGGAGCCCUUCCCUAGAGAAGCUGAACCCAAACCAGGGUGUUGUGCUGGGAAAAGCCUUGUUUUUGCUGAAUCGGAGGGUUGCAUGGAAACCUCCCCAAAGCCUCGUGCGGGGAGGGAGGUAAACAGGGAACCGGCUGGGGGAAGUCGAGGGCUUGGAGAUGGGUGCGACCUGCUUGUGUUUUUCUGUCCUGGCGAGGGAGGGAAUGGGCAGGCAGCCAGGCUGGGGCGGGAAGGCGAGGAGGAGGAGGGAGGGAGCCUUGCAGCCACCAAGGUGGGAGCCGGGGCAGGAGUGUGGGGCAGUCUCCUCCCGCAGGCCCAGGCUUCAGCGACAGGGGAUCCCGGCACCGUGGAAGUGGGAUUUGAAACCACCUGAUGCGGCUGCAGCAAGGACGCGCGGGGGGCGCAGGCGCGCUUUGAGGCUGUCUUGAUUCCUCCUUCUUAUCUGUUGUUCAGGCUCGGCAUCGCCCGCAUCCCUGGUCCCCGGCGCUGAGUGCCUGCCGCGUGCUACGCCAUGUACAGCAAGAAGUCCUACGACGGCGCGCCCAUUGCCUACGGCCCCCCGGGCGAUGAGUACGGCUACGAUGCCCAGUCGCCGCCCCCCGGCUCCUACUACAUUGAGGACGUGCCCCAGCACUUCUACAAGUGGAGCUCGCCGCCCGGCGUGGUGCGGGUGCUGGAGGCCAUGGCCAUCCUGCUCUGCGUCGCCAUCUUCGCCUGCGUGGCCUCCACCCUGGCCUGGGAGUACGGCCUGGGCUACGGCGGCUUGUACGGCAGCGGGAUGGGCGGCUACUACGGCGGGACGGGCUACUACGGCGGGGCGAUGGGCUACAGCGGCUACGGCGGGGGCUACGGCGGGGGCUACGGCGGCUACUACGGCGGGGUGACGAACCCGCGGGCGGCCAACGGGUUCAUGAUGGCCAUGUCGGUGCUGUGCUUCCUGGCGCUGCUGGGGCUCUUCGUGGCCAGCCUCACCAAGGGCAGCGGGUCGCGGUCCCGCAAGUUCUACCUGGUGGUGAUCGUGCUCUGCGCCAUCCUGGCCUUCCUCAUGCUCAUCGCCUCCAUCGUCUACAUCAUGGGCGUCAACCCGCAGGCCCAGAUGUCGGGCAGCUACUCCUACAACCCCAUGCUGACCAUGUGCAACCAGAUGUACGCCACCGGCGGCGCCUACCUCAACCAGUACAUGUACCACUACUGCACCGUGGACCCCCAGGAGGCUAUCGCUAUCGUCUGCGGGUUCCUCAUCGUCAUUAUCCUCUGCGUCGUCUGCUUCUUCGCUCACAAGACCCGCAGCAAGAUCUGGCAGUAUGGGAAGCCGAACAUCUACUGGGACAAGCCGCUGGCCAUGCAGGAGGGCCCCAACGUGGAGGAGUGGGUGAAGAACGUCGCCAAUGGCACCAGCACCCACGACGAGACGGCCACGCUGGCCUACUCCGAGAAGCCGACCAGCCCCGUGCACGCCGCACCCAGCGCCUACAGCUACCCGCCCCCGCCGAGCACCUACUACGUCCCCGAGAACUACCACACCGCCAGCUCCCCUGCCCCCGUGAGCGAGGGCCAGCCGGCUACGACCUUUAGCACCAGCAUGCUGGAGGAGAAGGGUCGGGAGAGCACCAGCCGGCCAUCUGCCCGGCGGGGCCGGCGCCGCAGGCGCAACCCCGAGCUGGACGAGUCGCAGUACGAGACGGACUACACCACGGCCAUGGAGUCCAGCGACGAGCGCGACAAGGAUGAGUGGAGCAGCGUGUACCCCCCGAUCACCUCGGACGGUGCCCGGCAGGAGUACAAGCAGGAGUUCGACGUGGACCUCAAGCACUACAAGCAGCUCUGCGCCGAGAUGGACAACAUCAACGAUGAGCUGAACCAGCUGAGCAAGCAGCUGGACAGCCUCUCGGAGGACAGCCCCCAGUACCAGGGCGUUGCUGAGGAGUACAACCGGCUGAAGGACUUGAAGCGGAGCCCCGACUACCAGACCAAGAAGCUGGAGACCAAGUCCCUGCGCAACAAGCUGUUCCACAUCAAGCGGAUGGUGAGCGACUACGACAAGCUGCGGGGGUAGCCCGGCAGGGCAGGGCGGGCAGCCGGACCCUGACGGGGGCGGGUAGCAGCUGCCCGGUGCUAGGAUCAGCCUCUGCAUCCCGGAGAUGCCAAAGACUCGGACCCGGUGCCACCUGUGCCCCGUUGUACAUACGUUUUCGACAAGCAGAGCCUCUGCCUUCGUGCCACUUCCAAACCAUGCCCAGCUGAGCAGGGCCGUGGCAAGACUCAAGACAGCUCUGUGGAUGGCCAUGGGCAUGACCGUGACCCCCUGCAGUCCAUAACGGCAUCCCAGUGGGCACCGGUAAUGCCCUGGAGCUGGCUGAGGGCACCACGCCCUGGAGCUGGCUCGUGCCUUCACCUGUAAAUGUGUACAUACGUGUAAAUGAGCCUGUUUUUACCAUGAUCCCGGGGGCUUUCCUGGCCGGGCACUGGCGACCAGUCCUCGCCCAUGCAGGGGGCUGGGGUCAGCCCAGGCACGGGUGCUGCUCCCCUCGGCCCUGCGAUGGGAGCUCUGCCGUCGCUGCGUGGAUCGCCCAGGAAAGGCCGAUGAGCCGGGACCCCGCUCUGGAGCAAGGCAGCUACCAGGGGCUUCCCCCUCUUGAUUAUUCCCCCCUUGAGAAUUGCCCCCAUGUCCAGUGUCAUCCUGAGCCUGGAGGAGGGCAGGACCCCGUGUGCCAGCCCCUGCUUCAUGCCUGCACCCCUAUCCCUACCCAGCUGAGCCAGCACCCCGUUCCCCAGCUUCCCUCCGGUUGGUUUUUGUAUUUUCUACUCACACAAAAGAAACCUGCGGCUUUUCCUCCGUCUCCCAGUUCUUUCUGGACGU